AUGCGGUUUGGAAAUAAAGGGAAUCUAGCACUGAGAUUUAUUGGUCCUUUUGAAGUGUUGCAACAAGCUGGGAAAGUAGCCUACAGACUGGCACUACCACCUAGUAUGGACAAGGUGCAUGAUGUUUUCCAUAUCUUGAUGUUACGGAAGUAUGUAAGUGAUCCCUCCCAUGUAUUGAGCACAGAGGAUGUAAUUGUGGAAGAGAAUCUCGUGUAUGAGGAGCGUCCAGUUCAGGUUUUUGAUCGGAAGAUUAAAAAGCUCUGGAAUAAGAGUAUUCCUUUAGUGAAAGUCCUCUGGAGAAACCAUAAAAUUGAAGAAGCUACUUGGGAGACUGAGCAAGACAUGCAAAAUCGUUACCCGGAGUUAUUUGUCUGA